AUGCCGCGAUUUUCGCUCGGAUCAUAUUUACCAGCUACAAGUCGGCAACAACACGUUCAACAAGAGGAACAACAACAACAACAACAACCGGAUACAUUAAAAGGGUGGUGGACCAAACUAGUAGACAAAUUCACAACCGAAAGGGAUGACUUUGGGGAUCUUUCACCUGACCGACCACCAUUACCCUUUAUUGCCUCGCUUGGAGAUGCAGGUACCGGUAGCAAUAUUGGUAGAAACCUCCCACCACAAGCAUCAUCAUCAUCAUCAGCACCUGAAAAUAGCAGUGGCAUCAAUCGGUUCACACGUGCAAAGCGUAUCGCUCCCCAAGCGGAAGUGGCUCCGGUCACCCACCGUCUUUCGGCAGAUGAGCGAGCUUUUCGAGGUGCCUUGUAUACUAUUAUUGAAGAAAGUGAGACCAUUUUAUCCUUGUCAUCACAAACCAUGACACGACCACGGCCAUUGUCAUCCAGCCUCGAUGAUGACAAGCUCAAACGGAUAUCGAUUACCAGUAAUGGUACCAAUGCAAGUGGUGAUUCUUCUGGUUCAUCUACAUCAUCCUCAAGUGCAUCAUAUCAUCCACCACCCCUUUGGCCAUCGCAGCCCCAAAAGCGAGAGCCACAUUUUCGACAUCACGUUAUUGGAGACGAAACCAAAUGCCGUCGCAAGUUUAUUAAAAUGGUUCAAUCAGCCAAAAAGUUCCACAAUGAAUACAAGGGUGUCAUUCCAAAGGAGAUGCAGGUUGUUUUCAAUGCAUAUGACAAUGUGCAGUGUAUUCGAUUGGAGGUGGAUGGCAAAAUAGAAGAUCACAAAUUCUGUGGGAAUUCCCAAUUUAUCCCACCAGAGCUAUCAACACAUGGCACAUUCCACAAUAGCCGUGUAGAUGUUUGGGUAUUGGGCGUCAACCUCUACCGCAUGCUUGUUGGCAGAUAUCCUUUCGUGGCUAACAAUGAUCGGAAACUAUUUAAAAAGAUGCUUAGUGCAGACUUUAGUCUCCCGCAGGAUUGCUCGGAAGAUGCAAAGGACUUGUUACGACGUAUGCUCGCUCCUGAUACGACAAGAGCCUCACUCGAUCUUGUUCUUCAUCAUCCAUGGGUCAAUCCUUUCAAAGUGGCUGUGCCACCCACUGCUACAUCAUCAGAGGAAGAAGACACCAGCAGUGCAAGUCGAGACCCUACACCACCGUCAACGAUUGAACAACGCUUACCUACCACACAACAACAACCUGAACCAUCACUCAUGACAACGGAUCAAGAGGGAUCAGCUGCUGUGCAGCCACAACCUUCAAUCUCUAUAGUAGUCGAAAACGAAUCACCCUCAUCAUCUACCGAAAAGCCAAAGAAACAACGUUCACGUCGACGACCCUUACGAAAAGCCAUGCAUGUCAUUAAGCGUGCUACUUUGUUUGUUGUGCAGGGACCCUAUCCCCCACCCAGUCGACCCUAUCAUGAAUUUGGACGUCCACUUCAGGCAUCAUGA